UUUGUGAUAAAGUAGCCCGUCAGAAAGAAAAAAAAAAACUUCCGUUUUGGCCCACGGCAGUUGUUUGCUUCUUGAUUUCCUUUCCCAUCUGCAUCUAUCUUCCUUCAAUUUUACUAGCUUCCUUAAAGAUCCUGCAAGUUAAGCUAAGCUAUUCUCCUUCUUCAGCAAGCUCAGAUGGCGAUGAUCUUGGAUGCUUUUAUGAGUAAAUUCUCUGCUUUGCUCGCUGAUUUUGUCUAUGAAGAGGUGAUCAGAGUGCUAGGUGUGAAAGAAGAUCUUCAAGAGCUACGUGGUCGGAUGAGGAGCAUCCAAUGCCUGCUUAAAGACGCUGAAAAGAAAAAAUUUGGUGAGUCAUCCACUGAACUCUGGCUUUCUGAGCUUAAGGAUGUGAUGUACGAUGCCGAGGAUAUCAUUGACCUCUGCAGAAUCGAGGGAGCUCAGCUGCUCGCUGAUCAAAAUCCUGAAUCUAGAACUUCGUCAGUACGUUGUGAUUUCUCAUCUGUCCUCUCUUGUUUUACCAGUGUUCCUUUGCGUCACGAGAUCGGAAACAGAAUUGAGGAAAUUAAUAAUAGACUCGACAAGAUAUAUGAAAAUAGGAAACAAUUUAAACUAGAGAAAUCCACAAUAUCAGAAACCCCACAAAUUACUCAAGUUGAUUCUCGUCAAACUUCUUCCAUGGAUGAUCCUUUUGUUGUGGGAAGAGAGGUAGAGGUUGCAGCAAAUAGUUUGGUCGAUCGUUUACUUGUGGAGGUGGUUGAUGAAAAAUGUCGUCUUUUUGCAGUUACUGGCAUGGGUGGGAUAGGGAAGACGACUCUGGCUCAAAAAAUUUUUAACCAUCCGAAAAUUAAGACCUUUUUCAAUUUAGAUCCUGUAUGGGUUUGUGUUUCACAGACUUACUCAGAAAUUGAGUUGUUGAAGCAAGUAAUAAGAGGGGCUAAGGGGAGCUACGGGGAUGCUAAUACUAAAUCAGAGCUACAAAUCAUUCUCAGUAAUUCUGUUGCUUCAUGCCAGAGCUUUUUUCUUGUUUUAGAUGAUGUGUGGAGAGGGGAUGUAUGGGUUGAUUUGCUUAGAGUCCCGUUAUACACAUCUAACGUGAAUGUCAGAGUCUUAGUCACAACUAGAUAUGAAAAUGUUGCUACGGAUAUGGAGGCAGCGCAUAUUCAUCCUGUGAAGCAUCUUUCUGAAGAGAGCAGCUGGGAUAUGCUUCGAAGGAGGCUUUUCUCAGAGAGACAAAUGGAGCUAGCUAAUGACUUGAAGGAACUAGGAUUUAUGAUAGUAAGAAGAUGUGGUUGCCUUCCUCUUGCAAUUAAAGCUAUUGCUAUUGUGCUUGCCGGGAAAAAGCGCAAUAGGAAAGUGUGGGAAAAUUUUCUCAAGAAUGAUGCAUGGUCCAUUAGCAACCUUCCUGAGGGGGUUAGUGGUGCUCUGUAUCUUAGUUUUGAAGAUCUGCCUUCACAUCUCAAGCAGUGCUUUCUAUACUUCUCAUUAUAUCCCGAGGAUACAUUGUUAGAUCGCUCUAAUUUUGUUCGACUUUGGGUUGCUGAAGGGUUCAUAAAUGAGCAAAAAAAAUUAUUAAUGGAAGAUUCAGCAGAAGAAUGCUUCAAUGAGUUACUUAAGAGGAAUCUUCUACUACCACGGUAUGAUUUUGAAAAUUAUGGCAAAAUGCAUGAUCUUAUGAGAUCUCUAGCUAUUUUUUUAUCUAAAGAAGAAACUUCUUUUGGAGAUUUGAAUGUGAAGAACACCACCACAUCCAUUAAGCUUCGUCGUCUAUCAGUUGUUCAUCAAAAAGCAGCAAUAAAAAUGCUUGAUUAUGUUGCAGACCAGGGAGCCUUGAGAACCUUGCUUGCCUCACAUUCUGAUUUGUUGUUGGAUGAUCAAAGAUUGAGUCGGCUUUUGCAUCUGCAUGUCUUGGACAUUGGUCAUACACAAAUUGAAGUACUUCCUGACUCCAUAGGAAAUCUGGUGCAUUUGAGGUAUCUUGAUUUGGUUGAUACACGCAUAAGAGCAAUACCAGAAUCUAUAAAGAAAUUAACAAACCUACAAUUUUUGAACAUUCGUAAAUGCAAAAAUUUGAUACAACUUCCUAGUGGAAUCACUUGGUUGUACAAUCUAAGGCUCAUUGAUUUUUCUGAGACACCUAUUAGUUUCAUUCCACAAGGAAUAGAGAAGUUGCAACAACUUAAUUAUCUCAAUAGCUUCGUGGUGGCCAAUAAUGACUCUUGCAGCAAAUUGGAAGAGUUGAAUUCUCUGAAACAGAUAAGAACACUCAGCAUUUGCAACUUAGAGAAAGCUCAAAGUAAAACCAUAAUUCUUAAAGACCUACCCAACCUUUCUACUUUGACGUUGAAGUUCUCUGUUGUCCCCCCAAUUCCCGGUGAGGAACAAGAGCUCGCAGUAGAGGAGCUUUUUGACAAGAUAAUACCUUCACAAAGCCUAGAAAAUUUUCAAAUAUCAGGCUUCUUCGGCCGCCGUUUCCCAAACUGGAUGAACUUGUCAUCCUUUGAAAUUUGUGUUCCAUAUUUAACUAAAUUAGAAAUCUUUAAGAUAACAUCAUGCACUCAGCUCCCACCAUUAGGCCAGUUGCCUGAGCUUAGAGUUCUUGAUAUAAAUCAUGCAAGUAAAGUGAAGAAAAUUGGGCCAGAAUUCCUUGGUAUUGAUGUAAAAUUAACAACUGGAGCUGCUUUCCCCAAACUUGAGAAACUUUACAUAGGAAAUAUGAAUUUGUUAGAAGAGUGGUCUUUUGAUGCACAAGUCACUUGUAAUGCUUCUCCGGGGCUAAAGUUGAUGCCAUGCUUGCAUAUACUAAAAAUCAGAUACUGUCCAUUACUAAAACAGUUUCCAAAAGAUCUAAAGCACACGCCAAUGAAGUCACUCAAUAUAGAAUUUUCCGGCAUACAGAAAUCAUUGGAUAAUCUUCCUAUUGAACUUGAGAAACUGGAUAUGAUUUGUUGUAAAGAUUUUGAAAAGUUAGGUUGCCUCCCUAAAUUAAAGAAGCUCAGGAUCGUAGCUUGCAAUGCCUUUUCUUGCAUGGAGAAGCUUGAUUCAUUGCAGGAAUUAUAUUUCCAUGAUGUUCAUAAGAAGAGUCUUCCAGAGUCUCUAUUGUUGUUAUUGCGACAACGGGGGUUGCAAAAUGAUUCUAAUGAUGACUUCCAGCUUUCAAUAUUGUGCAAUAAGAUGGUUGUUCGAGAAUGCUUAAAAGAAGGUUCUUAUUGGGAUCUAAUUCAACACAUUCCAAGAGUAAGAGUCUCCGGUGAUGGACAUCAUCUUCGAUAUAGUAAACAACCUUAUGUUUACGAUACAAAUCUCUAAUUAAGUCGAUUGUUGGAGAUUUGUUAGGAUUAUUAUGUUGUUGUGGUGUUGUUUGUAUUAUAGUGAGGGUGUGUGUUUUUUGUAUUGCUGUGAGUGAGCGUUUAUGCCAUAGUCAAUCGCUGUUUGUGGGCUUUGCUUUGGGCGGGUCUGUCAUUCCUCGUCGUUGUUUUACUGCUUUCUGUUGUAUGUUUAAUGUGAUUAUCAUAGAAGAAGAAAUUAUUUGUGAGAUAUUUCAGAGAAAAGUUAAGUGUAUAUGUUGGUAGUGCUAAGAUCUUUUAUUUGCUUA